AAAAUUUAAAAUUAUAUUAUAGCCCUUGGCUAAUAGAAAUUUCACCUGGAAUUUGCCCCAUUAAAAAAUAACAUGUGCGAUCCGAGCGAAAGUGCGUUGGACCGACAUUUCGAGUCCCAGGUACGCAUUUUAGAAGACAUCUACGCGUUGAAAAUUCGGGAAUCGGACUAUGGGAUGAGCCAGCGUUGGCUGCAGGUCUUCCAGGAGGCGCCCGGAAGCGAGAAAUAUGCGCGCAACUGCCUCAUGCUCUUGAUGUACAGCCAGUUGCGAGAAUUAGGUCGCCUAGGUAGGCCCUUCACCGAUAUGCAUAACUUGAGUCGGCAGCUGGAGGACGUGCUCUCCGAUUUUGAUGGCAAACUGAUCGACGAGGAUAUGGAAACAAAUGCCUCCGGCUACGGCAGUGACACGAGUCGGCUCUCAAAGGCCCACAAAGCCAUCAGUGAAUGUGACGAGUUCAGCAAAAACGUCAGCUCAUUGAAAGAGCGUCUAGAGGGCGGAGUGGAUGCGACCACCCCUCGAACUACUACGGAAAUGGUAAUCAAGGGCAAUGACGAGUUCAAGCGUCGCACGCAGGAGAACGAGGAGUUGCUCAAGGAGCUUGACAAACUGCACACACGUUCCCUAAAAAAUGAGCUGGAGUACAAGUCCAAGGUGACCGAAAUGACCGAUCUUACCGAGCACAAAAGGACUAUCGACAAUGUGAGCAAGGAGCGCAGCAAUGCUAUGGCAAUGAGUAUAUGCCGCAGCACCAAUGAAGCCAUUGAGCGUAUCAAACUAUGGACUGGUGGCAACGACCACUUGGAUUUUCUAGCCACUGCUCUCCGAUACUUUUCGGCUGAUGAUCCCCAACUGCAGGCGCAGCUGGAAAAACUGGACCGCAAACUGGAGUACCAGCUGGAAAAUAUUCAGGAGCAGGCCUGUGAGAGGCGCGAGAAGAAUGUUCGCAUCAUAUACGAUCAGGUGUUCCGAGAGCAGCGGGAUGCCCAGAAGCAAAAGGAUGAGCAAUUCAUGAGCGAGCGCCAGGCAUGGGCUCUUGAACGUCAGCAGCUCCAGCAGCUGCUGUGGAAGCGCGAUCAGCGGCAUCAGCAACUAGCCCAAGAACAACUUAUGGUUAUUGGGACUUCAAUUCCACGAAAUCCCCAGCUUUUCGGGUGUCAGUGCGAAUGCGAGCAACAAUCCUUCCCAAAUUGUUUCUACAGGCAAUCAUCGCCGGAUCCGAACAACUGCGCCCAAUGCCAAAUCGAGAGACAACAACAAAAGCUGCGUGCUGAUGGAAAAUUGCGGAAAAAUUUCCUCGAAAGCUGCGACUGCAACUAUAAUAAGCCAAGGUCGGAGCUAAACAAGGGCCAGUUGCAGAAAAAAUCACCCAAGUGGUAAACGAAAUCGCAGAAUGUGCAGAAAAAAAAACAAAUUGAUCUUUAAUAUAUAUUUUCUAGUUUGGGUUCUCACGUUAAAAUUUUGAAUAAAGAGCAUUCUUCAGGUUACUAAAACCAAA